UGGAAACAUGCACUGCCAUUUUUUAGUUCCCAACCACGACUAUUUCAUAUCACGAUGUUUUUAAGUAUUCUAGAUUACAAUUUAAAUAAAGUGGGAUAAAAAAAAAUAUAUAAGAUUGUGCUGGGUGUUAAAUGUAGAAAUAUUAAAAUUAUCAUUUAAUCCUUCAAAUAAAUGAAUGGCUGAUUUAGCCUUUAUAAAAUAUAUUUUAACAUAACAGGGGAUUAUUUAACAAUUAAAACACUGGAUGCUUAUUUUAUUUCGGUGACAAAUUUUGUACUUUUAUUUAUCAGGCAAAUUUGGCGGCUCCUAAUAAAGUUAUUGUAUCCAAUGAAAUCGCAGCGUCUCUGCUGUGGGCGGAGUCGUUGAUGUUGAAUUGUCAUCCUGCUGAUCACAAAAAUGAACAUGGAGGGAAAUGUAUCAAAUGUUGAAAUCUGUAAUUUAGCUUAUAACGGAAAAUUUGAACAACUUAAACAAUUUAUUUUGUCCGACAACUCACUAGCGACAAAAAUAGAUCAGGACAACAGGACUGCCCUGCACUGGGCUUGUUCUGCUGGACAUGUAGAUAUCGUGCAUUUUCUGUUGGAUCUUGGAGUUGAAGUGGAUCCCAAAGAUGAUGCAUUUUGGACCCCUCUUCACAUAGCAGCAUCUGCUGGGAGAGAAGAAAUUGUCACAUCCUUAAUAUCCAAAGGGGCUCAGUUGAACUCUGUGAACCAGAAUGGUUGUACCCCACUUCACUAUGCAGCAUCUAAAGACCGAUAUGAGAUAGCCCAGAUUUUGCUUGAAAAUGGUGCAGAUCCUAAUGCAAUGGAUAAAUUGGAAUCCACACCUCUGCACAGAGCAUCUGCCAAGGGCAACUACCGUCUCAUUCAACUACUUUUGAAACAGAGCGCCUCUACCAACAUUCAAGACUCUGAAGGAAACACACCACUUCACCUUGCAUGUGAUGAGGAGCGAGCAGAGGCAGCAAAACUUCUUGUGGAACAUGGUGCCAGUAUCUACAUUGAGAACAAGGAAAAGAUGACGCCUAUACAAGUUGCUAAAGGUGGUCUGGGAAAUAUGCUGAAACGGAUUGUUGAGGGCUGAUGGACCCCCAACAGAACCAGAGCAGUCCACCUGCAGCUUUUAAUUAAGCUGCUUUAUUAAUAUGAUGAAUACUUACUGAACUUACAGGGUGUUUGAAAGACAAAGAAGAGCAAAAACAUCUGCUUUUUGGUGAAAGUUUGUAAAGACACUUGUAAAAGAGAAGAAUUAUGUUUUAGUCAGUGUUCUGUCUUUGACAGUUAAAAAAGCUCAUGGCUUAGACAGGUUUCACUCAUUUUAUUGGGUAAACAGGGGUUUUAGGUUCAAGAUAAUCCACUCUGCAACAUUCUGCUAUUGUCUAGUUCAGUGUUUCCCAACCACCACAAAAUAAAUAAAUGCAUGAAAAAAAUAUAUAUAUUUCAGGGAUCCAAACUUCUCGACUUUCUGAGAAAUUUGCCAUUUUGAAACCAUAAUCGGUCACUUUUGUGAUUGUGAAAAGCAAUGAUUAAUGUGCAAAAGUGACUGAUGUUUAUAUGCGUUAAGGGUCUUUCACAUGACUCUCAUCAGCACUGCAGAAUACAUUGAAGUCUACGGAGUGACUUCACACCAAAGUGUUUUUCACACAAAAGUUUUUGCUUCAUCAAUAAUGUCUUGGAGAGUACUUAGCAACAAGAAAUAUUUAAAAACUGUCCAAAUUUGUGAAGAGACAUUGAAUGUCUCAUAAUUUAUUUUAAUUAAAUAUUACCUUAUCAUUUAUGAAUAUCAGAGACCCUAGUUAUUUAACUAAUUUAAAUUCACCUAGAAAACGGCUAAACAUAAACGAGUCCUUUUAUUACUUUCUACUAACAAAGUAACUGCAAGAUAUUUUUCUCUCUUCCAAAUACAUGAUUUCAAUGUUUACUGUGCACACCUCCCACUUUAUUACGUGGCAAACUCGUAACAUUGCCCCUCUGUGACGCUUUCUGAAACUCUCGUCAUGUGGAGGGCAAUGCAGCGCUUGACACUAGCAUUGAAUGGAGUGUUGACACCUCAACUCAUGAAAUGCGCUUUACAAUGAAAGAACAUUAUUGAAACUCAAAAUGAUUAGUAUUUGUCUAUUAUUGUGGUCUUUUCUGAUAAAAGCCAUGCAAGCAGUUUAAAUAGGUUACUGUAGGAAAAUGAUAAUUCUUAUACUGACGUCAGUAGAUUUGUAGCCAUGCAAGUUUUAAUAAAGGAGAAGGAAAGGACGUUAUUGAAACUCACUAUUAUUGUUGUCUUUUUGGAUGAAAAAUAAUGCUCAGACUGAAGAAAGUCUAUAGAUCUGCUUUGAACACCUAUAAAGUCUCUUGGUAGAUUUCGGUCUUGAAUGACUCAAAAUUAUUCACUGACUCACUCAUACCACAUAAGACGCUCAUUUGUCGUGACCUAGUGACAUUUCCAGAAGGGGUCACUGAACUAAUCAGUUAAUAAAAUGUAACAAAUUUGUGUAACAGAAGCAAGCCUCACCAAAAUACUCUUUAUUUUGCAGCUAAUUCUGCACAAUUGUAAAUUUGAAUAAACACGAAUUACUAAAAUAGCUGGAAUUUGUGCUUUUAGCUCAUUCUUUAAAAAAAUCCCCAGAAAACAUUUUCUUGGACGGUCUUACCUUUUUCGCACCUCAUGAGUUUGCAUCCCUGUAAUUUAUUGUGGCAUUGCAAGAACAAAUCUACAAAUGAGAAAAGAAACAAUUUGUUGUUUUUUCAUUACCCAUUUAGCGCUCUUGCCACCUGUGACCUCACACAGCAUAGCCUGCAUAUUUUUUGGUAAACACGCUACUAAGGCGGACAGAAAACAUGUUCUUGAAAAGGAAAAAUAUUGACGAUGGUUAGCCUAUGUGGGAUAGUGGUGUUCCGUAGAAUUUUUUAGUCAUAAAAAGUGUGGAAAACACUGGUCUAUAUUAGCCAUGGUUGCUUGAUUUCUGUUAAACCUAAAGCUGGUGUUAUCAUAGGCGAGUCUCUCUGUGUGAAGGUCACAACAACAUAGUCUAUUCUUUUCUUGUGAUAAUGCUUGCUAUUUUUUAUAAGGAAAAUAAAUUAUA